UGACAGUUCUAUUUUUGACAAUGCUUUUGACCGUUGUUGUGUUGUGUUUUGUGUUGAUUAUUGAUUUUAUCUAAAACAGCGAAAUUCACCAUAAUUUUGCAAUAAAAAUGCAAGAAAACUACCCGACCCUUGUUUCAGUAAAAAGCUUAAAAUCUGAGUUUGAAAAAUUCCACAAAAUACAGAUAACCUCCACAGAAUUUACAAUCGGCCGAAGCCUGGAUAACAAUGUUGUUAUAGCGUUUCUGGCAAUAUCAAGAAAACAUUGUGUUUUCACCAAAAUAAAUGAAGUUGACUGGGGUAUAGAAGACUUUAGCUCCUUUGGUAUUGAAGUAAACGGAACCAAACUCAAAAAAGGUUGUAAAUUUAGGCUCUCCGACAAUGACAUCAUACAGCUGGAUGCCACCGGUGACUUUUUAUACAAGUUUGUUAGCCCUGGUGAAGAGCACUGCACACCGAGAAAACGGAUAAAACUGGAAGAGAACUCUUGCUCCACAUCCUCUUGCCACCCUGACAUAAUAAACAAUGUGAAAUUAAAAUUUGAGGAGUCUCAGAAUUUUGAAAUAAACCACAUAAAGGAGAAGAUAGAGACGGCAAAGCAAAUGCAGACCACAUCCAUGAUACUGAAGCAGCAGCUAGAGCUGGAUAUGGCGCGGAGGGUGGAACAGCUGGAGCAGGGGUUUGCGUCGCAGAUUGAGAACCUGCGCGGGGAGAAAGAUGAGGUGGAGCGGCAGAAGCAAGCGCUGGAGGCUGAGCGCGACCUGCAGCUCGCCUCCGUCAGGGAACAGAUGGAGGAGAAGAUCACUGACCUAAUGAACCAAAUCCAGAAGCACAAUGAAACAGAAUCAGAACUUGUGAAAGAGAACACAGCAUUGAAGGAAAAACUGCUGAAAGAGCGUGAAGACUUCCUCUCGGAGCUGCACCGAGAGAACUCCUCGAAGCAGGACCUACUGGAGCAGCUCGAGGCCAAGAUGAGAGAGCAGGAGGAGAUGCGGCUGAAGGAGAAACAGGAACUUGAGGUGGUGUUGAGGAAUGAAACGGAACAACUCAGGCUGGCUAAAGAGAAGGAACUGUCGGAGUUGGAGGAGCAGAAGCGUCUCCGCGAGCAGGAGCUGCAGCAGGAGCUCAGCAAGAUGCAGGCUGCGCUACACGACCAGCUCUCCAGGACGGAGGCGGAGCGCGAGCGCCUGCAGCGCGAGCUGGCGGACAAGGCGGAGCAGGUCACCAGGCUCAACGCGCAGGAGCAGAAGAAGAUGGAGCUGCUGCUAGAAGAACGAGCAGAAGCUGAAAAAAAACUACAGGAGGCCCAAGUACAGUCUGAAAAAACACUUGAAGAACUUAGGGAACGCGUAAGCACCCGCGAGACGGAGCUGGCGGCGCUGGCGGCGGCGCGCAUCCAGCAGCAAGCGGACCAGUCGGGGCAGGUCAUCUCCUCGCUGCAGCAGCAACUGGAGACUGUGCGUUCGCAACUGCAGUCCGUCGAGAUCGAAAAGAACACCCUCCUCCAAAACAUCUGCUCCUCCGACCCUGGGGAAGGGUCCUCUAAGCAGGAGGCUCUAGAGGAAGUGGGAGAGCUGCUGCAGAGCGAGCUGCAGUGCAGCAUCUGCACGGAGCUGCUGGUGGCCGCCACCACGUUGAACUGCAGCCAUACUUACUGCAAGUAUUGUAUCACGGUUUGGGGGAAGAAGAAGAGGGAGUGCCCGAUUUGUCGAGCGCCGAUAACGUCGGAGUGCCGGAGCCUGGUGCUGGACUCCUUCAUAGAGAAGAUGGUGGCGAGUCUCUCCGCCGAGCUGCAGGAGAAGAGGCGGGAAUUGCUCAAGGACAGGGAGGAGAUGGACGCCGAACUCGCUCGGGGCAUCUUUGCUUGCAGCCGACGACGCCGAAGUGACAGCUCUGAGCCGCCCAGCUCCCGCUCCGACGACGACGACGGUGACUCGCUCGAGGAGGAGGAGACGGACUACACCUACCCCCGCUACGGGCGCUACAACUCGUCGUACGACGACGGCGACGGUGGAUCUGACUCUUCCGCCGACUCCGACGUGGCCGCUUCCGUCGCCCGCGCGCGCGCCAUCGGAGCCGUCGAACCUACAGGCGAGGAGCCCCGCGCCCGCAGCCCCCUCCCCCCCGGCACGCCGCGGCGGCACGGGCGCGUGGCCGGCCUGCCCAACGCCUACUACGGCGGCUACGGGCGCUGCUACCGCUGCGGCGCGCGCGGCCACUGGGCCCCUGGCUGCCCCUUCUAGUCUCACCACCCCUGCAACAGCCGUCACUAGCCUAACCACCCCU